GUGAGCACGAUUCUACUGUUCCACCGGCGCGGGGGACUUCAGAUAGAAUUAGCGAACGUUCCAUCUCAUCAUAGCAGAGAUGGGGGAAGACAGGACCACGUGUGCGGAAAAGAAGCCGAACGAAAUUCUACAGUGCCGCCACAGACAUUCCUCUGUGAUAUCCUCUUGCUCCGAAGAUGCUGAGAGCGAAUCCACCUCCGCCGGGUAUCCCCCAACUCCGGAUGAGGAUCGUGAAGAAGAAUUAGAAUAUGGGCCGGGUAUCGUGAAUAAAUUACGAACCCGGUUCUUAAGCAUUACCCUCAAGCAAAACAGGGGAUCUAAUAUCCGAAGAUCUUGCAGUAUGGAAGAUCUUUUAGAUCAAGACAAGCCUUGCAGGAAUGGUUUGUUUACGUCUCAAAAGUUGUCGGAGGAAUCCAGCGAACAAAGGGAUACCAUUUGGGGAAACCUGAAACGAGCUAAAAGUAUGGAUACUUUGCUGAUGGAUAUGCACCAACAACAACAGCAAGAAAUCUCACCUCUGAUUAAUGGCGACAUUAAAAAACCGAAAAUUAUUCGAAGGAAAGAUGGUGGAUUGAAUAGGGUAAUGCCCAUCAUCAGCGACGAAGAGCUUCCAAAACCGGAUACUGUCAAAACUUAUAAACGCAUGUUUGAGCCUGCUGAGUCAAGGAGGGGAUCUUACAGCAGAAGACCCCCUGUAUUGAGAGCAAGUGCAAAAUCAGUGGCAGCAGCAAAAAUGGUUAAUGGAGUGUCAAGUCCGAGUGCCAAAUUGAAUGAGGUGUCGCCUAAAAAAUUUAGUGCCAAACAAAAUCCAGCUCCUGUUAUCAAAGCUCAACUACCUUUGGAGAACAGUGAUUGCUGUAAAGAUUCCAAGAAGCCUAUCGUGAGUGCUGGUGGAAUAAAACCUCUGUGCAAUGGAACUCAUAUUGUGAAAGCAGUACCAGUCGUGAUAACUGAUAUUCCUAUUUCCAAUGGAAACGUUACAGAAAAGGAUCUCAAUGUCAAAAAUCGGGCAAAAAGUGAAGUAAAUGCAUCCGUUAAACAAGAUGUAAUUUGUAACGGCAACAUUCACAAAGAAGUGAAUGGAAUUUCUGAAAACGAAUCCUUAAAACUAUCCAAUGCCAUCAAAAGUAACAAAGUAUCCAGCAUAGUAGGUAAUCUAAAUUCCAAACCGAAAGUUCCACCAAAUAGACCCGUUUAUUUGAAAAAAACUAUUUCCAAGGCAAAUGAUCAGAAGCUUACCGAAAAGAAAGCUCCAAUAGUGCCUAAACUGAAGCCCCAGUCUCCUGAAAAGUUGAAUAAUAAAAAAACGGAGUCGAUCAUUAAGCCGUCUUCUAAUCUCAAGUCUGAAGAAAAAAAUCCUUCCAUCGCACCCAGAUUAAAGAACGAUCACAAACCAGUGGUUAAUCAUGUCAAAUUAAAUGGUGAAAUCAACAAACCAGUGGGUAAUAAUGUCAAAUUAAAUGGUGAAAUCAACAAACCAGUGGAUAAUCAUGUCAAAUUAAAUGGUGAAAUCAACAAACAAGUGGAUAAUCAUGUCGCAUUAAAUGGCGAAACCAACAUACCAGUGGAUAAUCAUGUCGCAUUAAAUGGCGAAACCAACAUACCAGUGGAUCGCCCUGUCAAGUUAAAUGGCGAAAUCAAACCAUGCGAUGUGAAAUCUCCAGAUAACAAAAAUAUUCUUGAAGAAAAUAAUCGUAAGAAUAUUGUGAAAAACCCUCCUGACGCGUUCGAAGUUAGGAGUCCAGAUGUAUCUAUCAACUCUCCAGAGCAAAAGAAAGUUGAGCAUAAAAAAUUAGAACUGAAGAAACAACAAAAUGGACUGCUAACGAAAACCCAGCAGAAAGAUUUAAUCAAAGAAACGAACUGCAAUAAUUCAUUCGAAAAAGAAAAUGACGUAAAGAAGGAUGUUAAUGUUACAGAUUCUAAACAGACAGACACUAAAGCUGUUAAAAAGUCAGCUGCCAAUCCCGCAACUUCCAUGGUGUUUGACUUCAGGGGCAAGGAUGUUGUGCCCCACGUCGCAGUGCUCCCUGUGCCCUUUGGAUGCAAGGCCCUGCAUCCUAAGAAGCGCCCCCUCAAUGUGGAUGGAAUUCCCAACGGCAACGGGGUGGCUUUGGAGGAUGAAGAUGAUGACUAUGUGGAUUAUAGCGUCCCUGCUCCUUGUGGAGUAGUGUUCGAAGGAGAAAAUAUCAAAAUCGGAAAGGGCUCCAUUCUUUCCAUUAGGAAUAAAGAUCUGAAAAUCACGUUCGACGAUGAAGUGGACAAAAAUACCUUCGUGUACCCCUCUGAGUCUUCUAUGAUCGAAGAAACGGACGGAAGGUCAUUAUCUCCCGCUCCAUCGGAUAACGAAAUCAUACCAAAUGGCCAGCCGCCGCCUAAUAAACUCAAGACCAACACUGUCAUCGGAACCACAGGUGCCGGAGCUUUAUCCAGUUACACCCCGAGCGUUCUCCGCACCAUGGACAAUUUCCAUCCGGGCAUGUUCCGGCCUCCCCCGGCUCCCGUCCUCCCUUCCGACAGGAAGGAGGACGCGACGGAGGACAACAAAGAGGAGGAGGAGAACACCCGUAUCAGUCAGGAUGAGGUCGAAGAAGAGAUGCUGAAGCCAGCAGAUCCGGAAAUCAUCUCUUCGUGGUCCCUAUCUGCAGGAACGUCAGAUUUGCUUUUCUGAAAAUGCACCCAUGUCUUGCUCAAAGGUCUUCACUUUCGAAGAUUUAGGUUUCAAUGACGUCAACCACAAAUAGAUCUUUCUUGAAUACCGGAAAACAAUGUUCAUAAACGAAAUCGGUUACGGGUUCAGAAAGAUUCCAUCAUUUCACAAAGGCUGCUUCAAUGGCUCGCUGCGCGCUGAAAAGGACUUUCAUUUUUGUAUAUUAAAGACGCAGUUUCAUGUAUUUUUCUCUAUUCUUGUAUUA